UUAAAUCUUUAAUCCUUUAUGGACGCCAUACUGUCACUCUGUUAGAGAUCAGGGGCGGAGAGAAACAUUUAGAAAAAUCUCUAGUGUGAUCGUUGAUGAUCGUUUUGUAUGUGUCUUGGUUUUCACUGAAGUCCUUCACUGUGUUCUCUAACCGUUAUCUUCAACAUGCCUCAGCCAAAAUGGUACCACAAAUCUCUGGCAGAAUUGUGUAUGGACAGUAUCGUCGAUAACAUGGAGAAAUGGACGGCAUUGCGUAGUUCGGAGCACGUUUCCAGCCUCUUUUACCUUCUGCCUUCGCAUUGUCUGGAGUACAUGACUGAAUGUCUCUUGAAAGACUACUCGAUAACAGAGGACAUGUUUGAUCUACUUUUCAAAAGCCCACACACGAAAGUUCUGGAUUUAUCACAAGAUUAUCUGGGCACUGGAUAUGAUGCCAACAGAAAUUUUCGCAUCGUUCGUUUGGCAUCGGUCAGAUGUUUGCAACUCACUACACUGAAGAUUCAUGAUGGCUGCUGUAUUGCUUAUUGCAAUGAUAAAAGAAAUUCCAAAUUAGAAGAGACUUUUACUUCUAUUUUGCAGCGUUUUGAACACUUGCAGAUUCUUGAUUUAUCUUUCACAUUUUAUGGUGCAAUAAGCAUGCUCAAUCUUGGAUCAACCAAUCAACCAAAAAUAAGGGAGUUGAUAGUUAAUUACUGCCCUGGUGUGACCGAUACCGUAGUUAAAGUGUUCUGCAACGGUCAAAGUUCCCUUCAGAAAUUAUCAGUUAAUGGAACGGAAGUGACUCAUUCCGGAAUUCGAUAUGCUAUCGAACAUUUACCAGAGUUGAAAGAAUUAAAUUGCGACAAUGAGUCUGAUCUGAAAGCUUUUCGAAGAAUUCGUAAAGAAACCAGAGAAUCAAAAAAAUAUUCUUUGACCAAGUGGCUUAUGUGGACUAAGCCAGACGAAGUCUCCUAUAAGAAAGGCAGCGUUUCAUUGAUGGUUGACAUGUGUCCGUCGCUUGUUGAUGUUUUCAUACAUGUAAACGACGAAGGAUUUACCGAUGAGGAGUUAUUAGGUUUUCGAAAACUUAAACAAAUAAAAAAUCUUGGAAUUCGGAUAUCCUUCCUACCGUCGAUCAUCUCUAUUCCUGGCGGAGUAAUUCCUCUUCUACAAGCUCGUGGCCUUACAAUUGAAGAAUUAUAUUUAUCGGUGGAAGUAACGAGUGAAGAAGUCUAUCUCAUCAUCCAAUGCUGCCCGAAUAUUCGCCGUUUGCUACUUGCUAUGCACUUCUAUCUAUAUACUAUACCCGAACCGGUGUUAGAUUAUGGCGUCCACUCUUCUCUUCGUUCCCCAAAGGAAGUAUUUCCGUUAAAGAUGCUGGAAGACAUCUCUCUGUCUUCUUAUUAUUUUCGAUUCCCUAUUUCACGCAAAUUGUUGCUAUUGCUUUUGUCUUCCCCUGCUCUUACAGCAGUUUCCAUAGAAAAGUGUUUUACUCUUGAUGACGAGAUCAUUGAGGAAGUUUGCGCUAGAAAUAGUUUCAAGUAUUUGACAAAGUUAAAGUUUCACGGUUGUUCUAAUGUGAGCCAGAAAGGAAUCGAUUUUUUUCUGAACGAAGCAAAUCCUUUGGACGAAAUUUCUUUAAAAGACUGUGGAAAUGUGAACCUUGAGCGUAUGAGAACCAUGGCUCAAGAGAAGCAUUGGAAUUCGGUAAAAAUAACUGUUGAAGAUUAGAGGUGAUCGCAGUGAGAUGGGCGGGCAAAAAUGCGAUCCAAAAUUUCUUUUAAAAGUUUCUUUUCCUGUUCGAACACCUUUUCUUUAUGUUUAUAUGCUUUAAAAAAAAAUAUUGUUUUUGUCAAAAUUCUUUUUAUCUGUGGUACUCAAGAAAUAUUAAAGAAAUUCAAUAACAU